AUGGCUUUUCGUCAGAAGAAUCCACAGUGCUCACUUGAUCAGCCCCUUCAGACCUGUAGUAGGACCCAAGGCCUGGAGGGUGCAGAGGCGUCCGCGGCUGCGGAGAAGGCCUGUCUCUCCUCCCACCCUCCAAUGCCUGGCAGUUUGAAGGAGGCUCCUGAUGCUGGUGUCCUCAGUUCUCCUGAGAGUCCUCAGAGUGUCUUCACCUCCUCUGUUGUCACCACAGCCACCCCAUCAAGCAAAUCGGGUGAGGGAUCCAAUAGCCAAGAGGGGAAGGGUAGCAGCUCAGAGGCAGUUCCUGAUCCCAAGAAUGUGCCCCUAGAUGCUUUAGAUGAAAAGGCGGCUUGGUUGGUGGAUUUCCUGCUGCACAAGUAUGAAGUGAAAGAGCCAAUAACCCAGGCAGAAAUGUUGAAGAUUGUCAGCAAAGAGUACCAAGACCACUUCACUGACAUCUUACUGAGAGCCUCUACGCGCAUGGAGGUAAUCUUUGGCCUUGAUGUGAGGGAAGUGGAUCCCGUCCUGCACCGUUAUGCCAUUCUCAUCAAAUUGGGCCUCACCUAUGAUGGGAUGUGGCAUGGUGUAAAGGGCGUGCCCAAGACCGGCAUCCUGAUACUUCUCCUGGGGGCCAUCUUCAUGAAGGGCAACCAUGCCACUGAGAUGGAAAUCUGGGAAAUUCUGAGUGUGAUGGGGUUACAGCCUGGGAAGAAGCACUACAUCUUUGGAGAUAUCAGAAGUCUCAUCACCAAAUAUUUUGUGGAGGAGGGAUACCUGUUUUACCAGCAGGUGACCAACAGUGAUGCUCCACAAUUUGAAUUCCUGUGGGGCCCAAGAGCCCACGCUGAAACCACCAAGAUGCAAGUCCUAAGGUUUCUGGCCAAGGUUUAUGGGACUGACCCAAGAUUUUUCACAUCUCAGUAUGAGGAAGCGUUUGAGGAAGAAGAAGAGAUAUUUCGGGCCAGAGUUGGUAUCGCAGCUAUUGAUUAUCGUGGCCACUGCCAGUUCUAA